GGCUAGCUGGUGUGCAACUUUGCAUCACAACUUGACCAUCUCUGUAUACUACGCCGCCAUGUCCGAGACCACCCCCCUCAACCCCAACAACAACGGCGAGUCGUCGACCGGCGUCCAGCGCGUCCUCAACGACGUGUCCGAGCUCUUCUGGCAGCCCUUCUCCCAGACGGCGCUCAAGCUCCUCCCGAACCGCGGCGAGGGCCUCCGCGCCAAGAGCAAGCGCGGCGACAACCUGCCUGAUGCCGGCGAGGAGCGCCCCCUGCUCACCGACUACCAUGCCAUCAACGACCCCUCGAUCCGCGUCCGGGUUCCGAAGAAGAAGCCCACGCCCGUCAAGGUCGAGGCCAAGGUCUGGUUCGCCAACGAGCGCACGUACAUCUCGUACCUCUCGAUGGGCCUGCUCCUGUCGACCAUUGCGACCGGUCUGCUCUUUGGCGCGCAGGACUCGCUCGCCCGCCGCUUCGCCUACACCUACGCUCUGAUCGCCGCCGGCGUCCUUAUCUACGGCUACGUGACGUACCAGAAGCGCCUGACGCUCAUUGCCGGCCGCUACGCCGGCUCGUUUGACCAGCUCUGGGGCCCUCUCUUCAUCUGCGCCGCCCUCUUCAUCGCCAUCCUGGCCAACUUUAUCCUCAAGCUCGAGGAGGCCAAGAAGGCCCACAACGGCACCAACCCCCUCUCGUUUGCCAACGCCUGGGCUGUCGCCGGCCAGAAGAGCACCUGGCUCAACUAGGCGCCGACAGAGGCGCCAUAGCCCCGUAACAACACCGACGGGGACGAUGGAGGCCGGCCGAGUGGCCUUCACCAAGGCGUGGUAACACGCCACAACACAACAGGCUAGAUAGGAGAUAGGACCGGCGUGAGUAUGUCGGUAUUCUUGGUCGUGCUUUAGGGAAAUGCAUGACGUGAUUUGG